AUGAAGAACAACACUAUUCCCCCUCUGAAUCAAAGGAAACUAACAAACAGCAUGAAUUCGAGCGGACUGAGAGAGCUCAAGUCAGAUCAGGACUUGUCGUCCUCGUUGACCAAGUUGAGCCUCUUUAAACCACAGAGUGCGUCGUUGCAUCGACCACCGGCUCAACACGUUACCAGGGGAGAUAGUUUUAAGAGUCUUCCGAGGCCCAAAACUUCGACACACCUUUCAAAGUCGACCAUAACCAAUGUUUCAGCGACUCUCCCUCUCACAUCCCGUAUUUCUCCUUCCCAAACCCCAAAAUCUCCAAACCAUCACGUUCCGAAUAUCUCCUUUGCUCAAGCAAGGACAUCGAGCAGUGCAGACGACUUUCCUCGAAAAACACAAAAGCCUCCACUCAUUAUUAACGUUUAUCCUUCACUUCCCAAUAGAUUUACAUAUGAAUCGGACGAUCUUGCUCACUUCUUGACAGUGUUGAAGUCUUGCAAGCCACCUUUAUAUCCAAUAACGCAGCAUGAGCAGGAAAAGAGAAAACAAGUUUACUCAACCCUUGCGUUCAUCAUGUCAGCAUUUCAAUAUCACGACAAAAUAGUGCAUGCGUCUGUCGAACCAGAUGAGCAUAGUAUACAAAACGUGUCUUAUGGUCAUCCUCAAGAUCUUUUUCAAGUUUGUUGCUAUUUAUUAAGAGAGAACUUAAGCUACACAAGCGAAAUAGAUAACUUAAAGUCUCAAAUUUUAGAAAAGGAUCGAAAGAUUGAAGAGUUUCACAAAAAGUACGAGUCUACAAAUGAUCACGACCUUGUCAAGCACCAACCGUCAGAGAACGAUCUUAAACAUCUGGAGGAGUCUGUCUCAAAACUAGAAGACGAUAUCUACCACCAUGAUCCCAUUUUAUACAAAGAAAUAAUGGAAAAGACAGAAGAAGAGGAACUUUUGCACAAUUUAACCAACGCAGAGGGGUCCAAGGAGUUCUUUAACACAAAAGAUUCCAUUCCACGACUGCCUGCUGUCAUAAGAAACGCAGAAGCCAAAAGAAACGCAACAAGGCGUGGUAUAACUCCUUAUGAAGAAAUGGAUCAUGCACAGAAAUACACCCAGUGUCUUCAAUAUAAGAUGAGACUUCUGGAGAACCUUAUUUUCGUUCUUAAAAAGAAAAUUCAACGAUACGAGCAAUCAGACUCUGAGGUCAAACAAUUAGUAAAACAGUGGGGUUCCUUACCAGAACUGUUAAGGGAGAAUGAGGCAAUGAAAAAAGAACUAAACUUCUACAAUUGGGUGACACAAAGGUUUGAUACAGAGCUGUUGCUCAAACACAAAUAUUUAUAUCUAGAUGACGUUUACAUGCUUCGGUCCGUAAUUUUCGCUUUACAAAACGAAUUGUUUGUUGCUCAGCAAGGUCUGGCUAAGUAUAACGAUGUUGAAAACAAGCUGUUGAAAAUAAUGACAACAAAAUCUGCAGAAAAAAACGCUUCGAAACAUUUCAGCUUGGAGUACCUAAUGACAGACCUAUUCAUGACAGAAAAACAGAAAUAUGAGUAUGAGAAAAAGAAAGAAGCCAAAAGAAUGGUAGCUGAGGAAAACAAUAAGAGCAUUGUCAAGGAUGAGGACCAAGAGCCAUCAGUGAUGGAUUUAAGAAACAAGAUUCGUACUCUUGAGCAUGAAAACAAAUUCUUAUCAAACCAACUCGGAAGAUUAGAGCAACAGGUGACUGACUUGACCAGUGCUAUGGAGCUGCUGAACGAAGAAGUAACUGGAGAGCGAAAAGUUGAAAUCAAGGAGCGAGAAACAAUGAUUAGAAAACUAACCUCAAGAAUAGACCAUCUUAAUAAGGCAACAACGGACAGAGAAGUAUAUUUCUUGUUCCAGCAAAAUUUAGUUCAAGAAUUAACUGAUAAGCGAGACAAAUUGUUUGCUGAAAACGCCUUGACCAACGAAAAGCUCAUCAACACCCGAAAUGAAGUUGUAGAGCUCACACAGAAACUCAGACAUCAAGCAAAUGGUCUUCAAGUGAUGUACCAAAUUACAUCUUCCUUACUAUUCUAUUUCAUCAAAACAACCACUGGCAAAGAGAUUGACUCCAAUCUCUCGCCCAAGAACAAUGUAAAGAUCAUGUUCCAAGAUGUAUUUACAUCAUAUAUAUUCAAAAUGAACGCUUCUGUUAAAUUACAAUCUUGGUUUAGAGGAAUACUGACGAGGAAAAGGUUGUUGAAAUCUCAAAAACAUUCAAACUUUGUGUCUCGAAUGUUGAAAAAGAGGAAAUUCAUAGCAUUCAAUCACGAACGAGAAAAAGCAUUGCGUUCCGAGGAGCCUCCUCUAUUCUCUGUGUUUGGUGACUUUUUGAAAGUGAUAUCCUCCUUUUCCAACGAAUCCAGUGACAUGUUAAAACAAACAGAAGGCAUCAUUCAAGCAUUCAAAGAAGAAAUUACAGAGAGAUUCAAAUCAAAGAUCGAGCAAGAGCUGGCAAGCUUUAAAGAAGAGCAGCUCCAGUACAGCGAACAACUCAUGGCUGCACUCAAGGCUGUUGUUCUAAAACCGAAAGGAGAGCGGUCAUGCCAAACCGAAACGAUACAGCGUAAGAGCAGAGGCAUUCAGCAUGGUGUGGCACAGGUCACGAAUGUUGAACUGAGAAAGUAA